GCAAGCGCCCGCCUGGCCGGGCGUGGGAAUCCAAAACAACCCGGGUGGGACGGGGCCGAAAGCUGAGCUGAGCAUUGGGAUCCUCCUGACACAGCCCAGCAGCUGCCUGCAGCCCCGGGACUGACAUUUCCAGGCACUCGGAUGAGCCAGGAUUUCGGGAGCCCUCGCGAAUCCCCCGCGAGCGCCGGUCCGGAGCGAGAUGGACGAGAGCAAACCCCUGAAGGUCCGGCUGACGUUCUCCGUCAUCCUGGUGGGCAUCUCGCUGCUCUUCGCAGCCGUAGUGACUGACCACUGGGCCGUGCUCAGCCCCAGCCUGGAGAAAAACACCACCACCUGCGAGGCAGCUCAUUUCGGGCUCUGGAGACUCUGCACCAAGCGGAUUUUCAUGCAGGAGCAAGGUGCCAAAGAGAGGAGCUGUGGGCCCAUCAGCCUGCCAGGAGACCACAACUGCUCCUACUUCAAGCACUUCACUCCAGGAGAGACCUCAGAGAUAUUUGAAGUAACCACCCAGAAAGAGUACAGCAUUUCAGCUGCAGCCAUUGCCAUCUUCAGCGUUGGCUUUGCGAUCAUCGGGACGAUCUGCGUCCUCCUGUCCUUCAGGAAGAAGAGGGAUUAUCUGCUGAAGCCAGCAUCCAUGUUCUACACCUUCGCAGGUCUCUGCAUCAUCAUCUCUGUUGAAGUCAUGAGACAAUCCGUGAAGAGGAUGAUUGACAGCAAGGAGACAGCCUGGAUCAAGUACAGUUACUCCUGGUCCUUCGCCUGUGCCUGCGCCUCCUUCGUGCUGCUCUUCGUCUGCGGCAUCGCUCUCCUCCUCAUCGCGCUGCCCCGCUUCCCCCAGAACCCCUGGGAGACCUGCAUGGAUGCAGAACCGGAGCACUGAUGUUCCCUGCACCCAUAAAAAAUACCCAGAAAGUGCUCUGAAAAGAUUUGUAUUUUUUAAAAUGUCCAGGUCUCUCUACACAAUGCGUGCUCCAUCACGUGAGGCAUUACUGAACCAAGGUCCGAUUGCAAUCGUUGCUUUCUUUUUCUUUUCCUCUCUUUUUUCCCUUUCUCUUUUUUGAUUCUUUUUUUUCUUUUUUUAAGAAAGCAGAAAGACCACUCAACACCAUCAUGGGUGUGUGUGAAUGGUGCUGCUCUGUGCCCUGUGCUGAUGCAGUUGAGGGGAAAUCUGUGUCUGAGACAGCUCAGGCCACAGAAGAGACAGUUUUGUUAUGGAGAAGAUGUUUGGUGUAGUUGGGCAUAGAUCCAUGAGGGAUAUCAGGCUUUUAUACCUUACUUGGUCAGAGAGACACUCUCUGGGGAGUCAAUGUCCCCAUUUAUGCCUCUCCUUCCCUCAGAGGGGUUAGCUUGUUCCCCCAGGGUAAGUUGGAGAUCCUUAUGCUCAUCUAUGAAAAUGUUAGCAUUUGAUAAAAAACAGAACUUUGAGUAGCAUUGGGAUAAAAAUCCCCCCUCCAAAUUUACACCCUGCAGUUCCAUCCGUUUAAAUCAAGCGUGAAACCCCACAAAACAGAGUCUUGUGUUUUGCUUAAACUUCAGUGGUGAAGCCAAGAAGUACUGAACAUGAAGAGUGAUAUUUUCCUUUAAUAAAAACCAUCAUCUUCCGGUA